AUGGGCGUCGAUCCGAAUACCAGCAGCGUAACCAGGUCAACAGUCGAAAAGGAGAACGAUCUCGAGGUUCCGUGCCACAUCGCAGUUAUCAUCGAUGGUAACCGCCGCUAUGGCAAGAACAAGUACGACUCGAGUACUCGAGGCCACUCGGAUGGAACCAAGACCGUGAUGAAGUUCACCGAUUGGUGCAUUGAUGCGGGUGUGAAAGUCCUUACGGUCUUUGCCUUUUCCACCGAAAACUGGAAGCGCGAGAAAAGUGAAGUGGACACGCUUAUGAAGCUCAUUGACGGGUUCAUCCAUGAUACUCUGGGUGAAGCUCUCACCCGCAACGUUCGAGUGCGCAUGCUUGCCUCCGACAGAAGCAAGCUGCCGGCAUUCCUUGUUGAGUCAUUUGAUGUGGUCGAGGCCAAGACGCGGCAUUGCAACGCGUUCCAUGUCAACCUUUGUGUCAGCUACGGAGCUCGCGAUGAAAUCGUAGGGGCAUGCAAGAAAAUUGCUGCCGAGGUGGUGCAGGGUAAGACGGCUAUCGACGACAUCAACGAGGAUCUACUCAGCAACUGUAUGCUUACAGCUGGCUUGCCAGACCCGGACAUUGUGAUACGUACAUCAGGAGAGCUUCGCAUUAGCAAUUUCUUGCUUUUCCAGAUCGCCUACGCAGAGCUCAUUUUCAUGGACAAGUUCUGGCCAGAGGUGACCCGCGAAGAUUUGCACGAGGUUAUCGUGGAGUUUAACCGCCGCAAGCGCCGUUUUGGCAAGUGA